CAACAUCGGCGCGAUCCGCCAGGCAUGUCUGUGAGACCCGGACUAUCUACAGGUAUACAGAAUCACAACCACCACAUCGCCGCUUUUUCGCCACAGAAAUGAGUGCUGAACGCCACCACUUCGCGCCACUGGGUACAUCCAGUAGCGGCAGCGACACUGGUCUGAUGCGCCUCCAAGGCGUAGUCUUCGACAUGGAUGGCACACUGUGCGAGCCACAGAACUGGAUGUUUGGCCAGAUGAGAACCGCCCUCGGCAUCACCAAGGACAUUGACAUUCUGGAUCAUAUCCACGGUCUGCCUGAACCACAGCAGACUGACGCCUUUGACAAAGUCAGAGCCAUCGAAAGUGAGGCAAUGGCGAAACAAGUCCCUCAAGCUGGACUUGUCACUCUCAUGGAGUUCUUGGAUAAACAUGAUGUUCGAAAAGGUAUUUGCACCAGGAACUUUGACGCACCUGUCAACCACCUACUGGAGAAGCACGUUCCAAGCCAUUUGCGUCCUUUCGCACCUGUUGUCACGAGAGACUUUCGGCCAUCGAAGCCGAGUCCUGCGGGAAUCUUGCAUAUCGCAAAAGCUUGGGGAAUCGUCGAUACAAUAGAAGUUCCAAACACACCACCGCAUCAGAGAUUGAUUCCUGUCGUGAUGGUGGGUGAUUCUGUGGAUGACAUGGCCGCUGGUCGCGAUGCUGGGGCCUUGACAGUAUUGCUCAGAAGUGAGGGCAAAGAGGAGUUGGAGGAUGAUCACAGGACCGAUAUCACCAUCGGGACACUCGAUGAGUUGGUGAGCCUCUUAGAGAGAGGGCUGAGGCGGUCAAGAUAGCAGGUCACGGAGGAGAGGGUCACGGCAGAUGUUACCGUUUAUUCUCCUGUCGAUGAUCCCUGAUCUCGCUAAUAGAGCAUGUGUAGUGACGACAACCUGAAGUAUGAAAAAAUGUGUAUAGAUGGUAGGGCAGGAACAUGCAAGGACUACGUCCAGCAUCUGUUGGCUGCGCCAACACAGGUACCUGUAGGUUACGACAACCAACAAUAAUAAAUAACAUGGA